UUUUUGUUUGUUUAUUUUUGCUGUGCUUGAUUUCAACAUGAAAUUUUCAUGUUUUUUUUAUUAUUUAACCCUUAUUUUAUGAUUUUUGGAAUAAUUUUGGGGACAAUAUCGACAAUUAUCUGGGAAUAAAAUAUUGUUAUUUCAAGAAAUAAGAAAGUGGGUAAAAAUAACAAAAUAAAAAAAUGUUUAUUGUUAUAAGAGAAUCAAGGCAUAGUGAUACACCAGCUAUCUCUGAAGUUGUAAGAAAUGCCUAUACUUCUGGAGUUUUCAAUGCAUGGUUAAAUGCCUUAUUUCACGAGGUAACCUUUCAAAGCAUAAUUCUUGUAGCUGCCUUACUUUUUAUAUUAUUCUCAGUACCUUUAUUUUACUGUAUUGUGGCUGUUCCCAUAGUGCUUGUAAUGAUUUUUGUUUGUAUUUAUGGAUCAUUGUUAAUGAAAGUUGGACAGCUUUUGUAUGAGAAAAAGGUGGAAAAAUGUUGGGUAGCUGAAGUGUAUGAACCUUUUUUUCACACUAAAAAACCAAAGAAUUGUUGGUAUAAAUUUACUACAGAGGAAAUGAUUAAAACUGAUGAAAUACAAGUAAAUGGGUUAAACAAAAAAAUUAUUGGAACUGUGGCAGUUCAAAAACAUAAUCACUUGGAUGCCUGUGGAUGGCUUUUUAGAUUGGCUGUUGAUGAAAGGUAUAGAAGAAAAAGCGUGGCCUUAAAACUAGUGCAAACACUAAAAACAUGGUGUCAUGAAAAUAGGUACAACUACAUUGAAUGUGUUAUGUCUGAAUGCCAGGAAGGGGCACGACAACUAUUUAAUGAGGCUGGGUUUGAUAUUAAACAAUUGUACCACAAACAAUUAUUCACAAACGCAAUAAGCCUUCAAAUGUUCCAAUUAAGAUGUGAAGUUAGACAAACAUUUAAUUAAAUUGUUUUUUUUUUAUCAUUUAUUUAUUGACAAUGUUAUAAAAUUGUAUAUAAACUGCUUUACUAUUUAAAAUGAAAUAUUUUUAAGACAAAAUGUUUUUAUACAGGAAAAAUAGCGCACUAACAGCAUAUGCACGAAAUAUUUAUUUUUGACAUGAAGUUUUUGAGUUAUUAGCAUUUAAGUUUUAAAAACAGUGAUAUGUUUAUUUCCAAUGGAUAAAGGUAUUUCUAUGAUAUUUCCUGAGCCAAAGCGGUUGUUAAGGAAAGAAAAUAAACAAUGACUUAAACUUUACAUUUUAGAAAAAAGAAUAUAAACAUCAUGUUGAAAAAAAAACAAACAUGAUGGUUGACAGCAUUUUAAGACAGUUUAUGUAUUUUUUAUUAAAAUCACCUGUAUUGAGGCGAAAACAAAACAAAACAAAAAUAUUUAAAUCGGUUGAGCCAUUUCCGACUUUUUGCAGUACUAACGCAAGGCAAUUCAUUUGUAUAUACAUAGAUUAUAGAUAACAUAACGCAACAAUUGUGGGUUUAUUAUGUGUACGCAACUACGUGAUUAAAACAAUCUUUAUUUUUCCCCUAUUUGGCUACCUGGGCCAGUAGAGUAGGUACAGUACAUACCUGCAAAAGUAUCCUUCAUCAAGAUUAAUCGAAAACAGACACUUUGGAAUUAUGUGUACUAUUGUACUCUGUAUCAAAUGAGAUAUUAUUAAAUUAAAAAUUCAUCCCUCAUUUUUACCGACUUUUGUAUAGUUUUUUUGGCAUAGGACCACUGUGCAGUAAGGAAUGCCGUUAAUGCGCUUUUUUCGGUAAACCAUGUAGGUUCAAUUUUUAAAUUAAUUUUACAAGGUGUCCUUAACAUUUUGGGACGCGAGAUUUAAUCAUCAUAUCUUUAUAUAUACAUACGUAUAUUUAUUUAAUAUACUAUUUUAUGAAUUUAUUAUAAUCUUUAAACAAAAAAAAAUAAAGAAAUAAUUUUGCUACAAUUUAUUUUUAUCUUUUAACAUAAAAUGCUAUUAAUUAUCCUUUUAAAAUAAAAGUUACCAAAAUGUUUGUGCAGGUAACUUUUUUGAUUGUUAAUUAUAUUCCCAUUCACACAAUCACAUUUAAUGUCCCAUUAUCACUUUUAAAUACAUCUCCCAAGUCAUUAUCAAAAUUUACAAACUCAAAGCUAUUUCUUAUGCUUUUUACCACACUUUCACCAACAUUUUCCAGUAAGUUACCGCUAAAAUCAACUGAAUUACCAUUUUUAAUAUCGGAAAAUAUAUUUUCCGACAGAUUGCUGAUCAAGUUAUUACUUAGCUGAACAUGUUUGAUGUAGUAAACACCUCUGAAAGCCUUGGGGUUCAAAAAAGUCAACUGAUUAUGGCUUAAGUCAAUGUUCGAAUCUUCUCCUAUAACAUUCUGUAUAAAAGCUGGCAUAAAAAAUAACUCCGGGACUUUUUUUAUUUUAUUGUGACUAAGGUUUAGUUUUCUUAGGUUGUUGGUGUGUAUGAACAUUUUUGGGUAAAGUUUUUCAAUUUUAUUUAUGCUUAAAUCUAGUUCUUGUAAGUAUGUAAGGUAUUGAAAGGUGGUUUCUUCUAUAAAGUUUAUAUUGUUGCCUUUAAGAUAAAUUUUGGUUACUGGUAGUUGAAAAAAUAUACCUUCUGUUAAAGUCUCUAUCUGAUUAAAGUUAAAAUUUAAAAUUUUUAGACUUGGUAGGUUUAUAAAUGCCCCCUUUUCUAUUUUUUGUGUUCUACUGUACUGUAUUUUUAUUCUUCUCAAAUGUAAUAAAUUCGAAAAUGUUCCCACGUAUAUUUUCGGUAUUUUUUGCUCAUCCGCAACAAUAUCAGUCGCAUUUAUUUCACUUAAAACUGAAUCACACUGUAUAACUUCAACCACGUGUUUUCCUCUGUGUAUAACUAAGUUGAUGUUGUCGAAAAAUGUCAUAGAUACACUUGAUUGUAUUAGUGUUAAAAACGCGUAAAAUAAAACCAAAUACAUUUUUGUAGAAAGCAAUUUUACGAUAGACUGGACAUUAAAUGCGAUAAAUGAAAUGUUUUGUUAAAGAUAAAGUCAAUAUAAAUGAGGUCGGCA